AUGAUUUUGGGAAUUGAAGAAGCGCACAGGAUGAAUUGGAUUCACCGCGACAUCAAGCCUGACAACUUCCUCAUUACCGCGUCCGGACAUCUCAAGAUAUCAGACUUUGGUCUAGCAUUCGAUGGCCACUGGACUCACAACCAAAACUACUACAACGAGCAAAGAUACGGGUUGCUCAAUGAUCUGGACCUGGAUGUUGAUGGUGAUUUGAUUGACCGGGACGAAGAUGCGCAGAGGCACGAGGCACGGAAGAAUUUCGAGCUCAUGCAUGGCAUAAAGUCUGGCAAGGAAAGUUUUCAGGCGAAAGCGGAGAAGACGAACGGGUCGAUUCUCGAUUGGUUAAACAUGACGAAACGACGUCAGUUUGCCAAAAGUGUCGUCGGCACAAGUCAAUACAUGGCACCUGAAGUGAUCCGUGGAGAUAACUAUGAUGGGCGAUGUGACUAG